UCUAUUCAUCCCCCGUGCUUCUCAUUAACACCAACCUUUUUUCUCUCAAUUCUUCACCUUCUCCGAUCUCUGUUCACAUCUCUUUCUCUCUUCCUCGUGGAUCGAAAAGUUUCUAUAAUUCCUCGUUAUCUCCUGCUUACAAAAACCUGUUCAAGAAAGCUAAAGAAGAACGAUCAAGAAUCUCAAAACUGGGAGAAGAACGAGACCCUGUUCUGUUCUGUUCUGGAGUCUGAUGGGUUCUUGCUUCAGUUCUCGAGUCAAGGCCGAAAACCCUUUCAACGAUGGUAAGAGCAGCGUUCUCUACGGCUUAAGCAUGUCGAGCGGGAAGUCGACGGUGGCUGCGGCUCAGAAGACGGAAGGGGAGAUACUUGAGUCAACGCCGGUCAAGAACUUCACCUUCAACGAGCUCAAACUUGCAACUAGAAAUUUCAGACCGGACAGUGUGAUCGGAGAAGGUGGGUUCGGUUGUGUUUUUAAAGGGUGGUUGGAUGAAACCAAUCUCACUCCGACUAAACCCGGAACCGGUUUAGUCAUCGCUGUUAAAAAGCUUAACCGAGAAGGUCUUCAAGGUCACCGUGAAUGGCUGACAGAGAUUAAUUAUUUGGGACGAUUGAGUCACCCGAAUCUAGUCAAACUUGUUGGUUACUGCUUAGAGGAUGAACACCAUCUUUUGGUAUACGAGUUUAUGCCAAAAGGCAGCCUUGAGAAUCAUCUAUUCAGAAGAAGUACAUAUUUUAAACCGCUCCCAUGGUUUCUACGGAUCAAGGUUGCCCUUGAUGCAGCAAAGGGGAUAGCCUUUCUUCAUAGUGACCCUGUCAAAGUCAUAUACCGAGACAUUAAAGCCUCCAACAUUUUGCUUGACGCGGACUAUAAUGGGAAACUCUCUGACUUUGGACUAGCUAGGGACGGUCCAACGGGUGAUCUAAGCUAUGUUAGUACAAGGAUUAUGGGUACAUAUGGCUACGCUGCUCCUGAGUAUAUGUCAUCUGGUCAUUUAAAUGCAAGAAGCGAUGUGUACAGUUUUGGGGUUGUGCUUUUAGAGAUUUUGACGGGUAAACAAGCGUUGGACGAUAACAGGCCGGCUAACGAAGAAAGCCUUGUGGAAUGGGCUCGACCGCACUUCGCAAGCAAACGCAAGGUUCUCCAAAUCGUGGACGCUCGGCUAGAGACACAGUACCUACCCGAAGAGGCGGUGAGAUUGGCCAGCAUUGCGGUUCAGUGUCUCUCGUUGGAACCGAAGGCUCGCCCGACCAUGGACCAAGUGGUCCGUGCCUUGCAGCAACUUCAGGAUAACUUGGGAAAACCAACCCAGACCGAUCCGGUUAACAAGACGCAAGGUUUUAAAACCGGAGCUAAGUUACCAGAGAAACGGUCCACACCCAAACCUUUUUAGCAGGCACAUCACCUAAGCCUUUUUGAGACUUGGGAAACUGGUCAACGGCAAUGGGAAUUUUUUUCUGGUGGGUGCUUGUUACUGCGAAAAUCCUUUAUAACAUACUAGCGGUAUUCCGGCUCUCGUAUGUGUUGUUUUUAAUAAAUUUUAAAUUAAUUUUAUGGUUUCAGUAAAUAAAAUAUUUUUAAA